AUGUUUAUUCACAUAUUACUGUUUGUCUCCUGUCUUACCGGAGUGCAGAGCAUAACAACCCACUUUGUGUAUUGGAACUCGACCAACCCUAUGUUUAAGACGGGUUCUCAUGAGAAUAUCCUUGAAGUGAACCGUGGAAACUAUCCCUCGGAGCACGACCAGCUUCACCUCAUCUGUCCUAACUCCAGGGAGCAGCAUGUUAUCUACAGUGUAUCGGAGGAGGAGUUCUACAACUGCAGGGUCUCAAACCCUAGACCUAAGAUUGUUGCUGUUUGUAACCAACCAGAGAAAUUUAGAUAUUUUACUCUAACUUUCCGGUCAUUCAGUCCUAAUCCAACAGCAUUGGAGUUUAAACCCGGUCAGACCUACUACCUUAUCUCCACCUCCACCCCCAUGGACCUCCACAGGAGGGCGGGAGGAUACUGCUCCACCCACAACAUGAAGAUGAGUAUCAACGUGGCUGAGAACGGGUUGAAGGAAGAGAAGAGCUCCGGGUCCUCCGGGUUUGAGCGGAGCACUUCGUCUCCGAUCUACCGUGCUGUAACUACACCCAGAUACUCCACGACCUCCAACUCCAUACCUGUCUACUAUUACAGGUCUAAGACUCCCGGAAUCCACUCCAGCGACUAUAUAUACUACUACUCCCCUAGGGAUUUGGUUCAGCUUAAGCUCAAGGCGAAAAAGCACGAGAAUAGUAUCAAUGUGGAGAAUGAAACUUACACUGCGGCUAGACUAACAUCUAGUGCUAGAACAUGGAGCUUAAAUAUUCUCCUUGUCCUUAUUCCAGCUUUAGCAGUGCUAUUGUGA